AUGAACUCACCAAGAGUACCUCCUCCUAUGCCUCCUGGUGCUACUGGACCGGCUUCUAUGCCUCCUGGUGCUACUGGACCGGCUUCUAUGCCUCCUGGUGCUACUGGACCGGCUUCGAACCGUGCUGCUUCCUCUUCUCGUUCCAAUAGCUACCCGCGGAUGACUCUCAAUGCCAUGCUCAAUUCACCUGCUAGGCUAGCACAGCCUCAUCUCCAUCCAGAUAAAAUCAAUGGAGCUUUAUGGUUUGGUAUUGACCCAUGUGUCAACUCUUUCAUUCGGGCAACUUGGCAAGCGUACUACAUGGGGCCUUGGAAGAGUUGGAGGACGGUUCCUGAUGAAAGGAGGGAAUCAUGGUGGCAAACCUUUGUGCAAAAUUUCUAUUGGGACCCUGAGUUUAAUGACUUAGUCUACGGUCUUUGGAAGAAAGAAACGUGGACAACCAUUGGUGAAAGGAUAAGCAAGAAGAAGAGGCAACAUAAGAAGCCAAAGUACAUCAAUGAAGCUGACUGGACUCUCCUGUUAGAGUAUUGGGCGACCGAGGCAGCUAAAAAGAAGAGCAAGAAGGCUGCAAAAUCUCGCAAGUCUGAUCCUGUGGGUAAAGGCUGCCACAAGCAUAAUGCAGGACCUCGGUCUUUUGCAAGGAUUGAGUAUAACAUGAUGGUGGCUUCUGGUACUAAUGAGAGGCCAUCAUUCACCGACCUAGUUAGGGCGACACACACCAGACCAGAUGGAACUUUUGUGGACUACCGUGCUGAAGAGUUGGUUACUCAAGCCGAGAUGGAAGCCACACAACUCUCUAACACUGACGGAUCACCCGGGAGUCCAAAGCUGCUUAAGAAUGUGAAUGCUAAGGGUAAGAGGGGGCAUGUUUAUGGACUCGGCAGUGCCCAAUACAGGGAGCAAGCACCUUCUUCACGCGUCCCUAAUGGUCUUGCGCGCAACCUGGAGCUGGAGAUGCGGGUGGGAGGUCUUGAGACAAGCCUCCAAAGUGUGAGGGAGGACGUGUCUGAGGUGAAGCAGGAUGUGUCCGAGAUGAAGCAGGAGUUUGCAUCAACAAGAGAUGCAAUCAAUCAGCUCCUCCAAAUGCUUCGUCCCCCACAAGCACCUACUGAACAGACUUAUGCUCAGCCCCAAGUCCCAACUCCUCAGCCCUAA